UUAAUUGUUGUCUUAGGAGGAAAUUCAUUCCGGGAAGUCCGACAGAGCACCUGGCACAUCUCCCCAGUUUGCGAUACAGGGCCGGGAACUUUGGCGGUGGGAGAAGAAACUUGAUUCUUAAGUCUUUCUGCAAGCCAUCUUCGUCUUCCAAUAAAAGAAAGGUGUGUCUGGCCUCCUCUGUCCUGCCCGUGGUAGCCAUGUCCCCCUGCGUAGUCUUGAUUUUGGUGUCAGCAACCUGUAUGGUAGUGUCUGCUGCUGAUGGAUGCAAUAAGGCACUCUGUGCCAGUGAUGUUAGUAAGUGCCUCCUGCAGGAAGUGUGCCAGUGCGAAGCCAACCGUGCCGGCUGCCCGUGCUGUCGGGAGUGCGCCUUUUGCUUGGGCAACCUGUGGGAGUCAUGCUGCGAAUGUGUGGGUCUUUGUGAGGAACGCCCCGCGUCCGCCCCUCGGUCCGUCCAGCGAAGCUCCAUGCAUAACCUGAUGUCCCCUGUGCCCUCCCUUUUCCGGGCCCUCACGGCCAUCUCGGACAAUGACUCCCCCAUGGGCUGGAGCGUCUUGACUCUGCCGGUGGAAGAGGAGCUGCAGCAGAACCAUGUGGAAACGGACCACCUCCUGCUGGGGCCCCACACAGGCUUGGUGUUCCCCGAUGCGGAGAGCCUCAACGCCACAGCUCCACCUUGCCAGUCCAUUUACUUCAACGAGUGCCUGUCUAUGAGCCGAUGCCGGUCGGCUUGCCAGUCGGUGGGAGCGUGGCGCUAUCGCUGGUUCCACAACGCUUGCUGCCAGUGCUUGGGUCCCGACUGCCGGGGCUAUGGAGGAGCUCAAGCUCAUUGCUCUAACUGCCAGGAAUAACAGGCUGGAUCUCUCGUUCAGACGCACGCAACCACACUCACAACGGGUGUACUUCUUUGCGACCUACCCCACCAUCGCUCAAACGGUCUUCCCACUCCUCUUUCACCCACCGCUUGUUUCUCCUUUGACUCGCGAAGCACAUAAAACUCCAUCAACAGCUCAUGUAGUCCCAAGCGGAAGAAAUACAAUGUUGGUAAAGUAAAUAAGAAAGCUGUUUUGGAUGCCAGUAAUCCUAAGGAUGCUGGACUUGAAAGCUGAAGCAGGGUUCGCUUUCAAGCGACUACCUGGAUGAGAGACCACCAAGGAAUGCCAGGAAAAAAAAUGUGGUAAAUACGACAGGUUUGAGAUGGGAUAAUAUACAUUUCUUCCCAUUGAUCCCAUGACUCUGGAUACAAACCUUGGUCAGGUUUCUCCCCAUGUUAAUCAUAAUAAAGAAAUAUUUUUACCUG